AUGUCUAGUUCUUGGGCUAUCGUCUGGCAGCUGGGCGAACAGCGGGAAUUCGCACACUUCAUGAUGUCGAAGCCCGUUAAGCGGGUGCUGCGACAGCCUGAAACGCAGUUGCUGUGGUCUCUGGUCCGCUUGAGACAGGAGGACCUGACGGCAUGGCGACCUUGUGUGCCCUGUUUCCGAUCAAGCCAUUCCCAAGCAUUUACAGUCCAGACACAGGCGCACAUAGACGCACUCCUUCCAUCCGACUCACACCGGACUCUUUUGGUCGGCUCUGUCCCCAGCUUCUCAUCAUAUUGCCACUAUUUGGUCAACCUUAAAGCCAUGUCUUUACAUCUCCAUGUUCGCUUCUUCGUUAUUAUCAUCAGCAUUCCUCUGAUGCUGGUGUCCGAGGCUGGAAUAAUCGCUCCCAGCAGGCAGUUAAUUGAACCGGCUAACAUGAUGCUUUCGUGUGGUUGUUGGCAUUCUCUAUAG